AUGUGGGCUGCCGUGGCAGCGACAGUCGCACUGGAGCCCGAACCGCCCGAAGAGGACCCGUGGGGCUCGGUGGCGGCCAUCGACGCAGCCAGCUUGGCCCCAGCAGAUGCAUCAGCCGCCGCCGAGCCGAACAUGUUGUUGAAUGCGCUGGACGACACUCUGGCACCCCAGCCGACACAGAAAAGAUCGAGAACAGGUCGUCCAGCGUCGUGGGUGCGUUCCGUAUCAGAUGACUUGGAUUCACAAUCAGUGGAGUUGGACUCGCCACCAAGGCCCACGGAGUCUGAUUCUCAUGCGCCCGCGGCAGAACUGGUGACCAGAGACACGGGUGUGAUCGUGAGGGGCUGGGAUAAGAGCAUGCCAGUUUCUGUUGUAUCCCUUGCGCCGCCCAGCCCAUUAUCACUUCACCUUGAGUCGUGCGUCGCAAUGGGGAUGUCACCUGGUGCUGUGCAGCGUCCUAUCAUCCUGGAUGUGGCUCGACAUUGGUGCAUGUCCUCUGGGCUCGUGCUGAACUGGUCUCAGAUCGCCAGGCAGACAGGCCACGACCGCCAGGUCCUGCAGAAAGCGCUUCACCGCUUUGCUGAGGCGUAUUUCUUGUGCCAGGUUCAGUUGCGGAAGAAGCUCGAGGGCGCCCUGGUGGAGUCGCUCGGCAGAGAACGGUGCCUGCUGUACGUCGACACGUCACGCUACGACGAGACCCCCAUGAAGACGACGCUGAGGGGAGAUGCUGCUGCAGGAUCCGCAAGCGAUGUCAAUCUCCACGCUCAUGUCCCCCUGCCGUUUGGCAGGGCACUGCGGCUCAUGCGCGCCCUCGCUGCUCACGAACGAAGUGCUGCGAUGGUCACGAAGCUCAUGCAGAUUGACCAAGCAGUGUGGUUGCUCGUCAAUGUUGGCGAUAUCCCAGUGCGGCUGUAUCUGAAUACGGUGUGCCCCCUGCAGCCGAUGGAGUCGACGGCUGCGCCAGUGUGCAAGAACGCAGUGCUACGGAGUUGCGCGGUGUCCACAUACAGCGACGGCUUCAAACAACGGAUGCGCUUCUGCUGCUCUGACUCCGCGAAGCCCAACAUCGUCGUGGAGAACAGCAUCGCGUCUGACCGACAUGGAUGGGAGUCCCUGCGCUUGUUCUGCGAAGUUCACGUGACAGCAGGUAUCCACAGCAAGACGUCUGAGAGUCUCAUGCCUCGCACGAUUUCGUCUGUGAUUCACGCAUCCCUUUCCUUGCAGCUCAGCGGCUAUUUGAAUCAUUUUAGGAAGUGCUCGAGGCACGUGAUCAAGUCCAGGAUCAAGCUCGUCCCCGAGGGGCUGCCAGAUGACGCUGUUAAGUACAAGAGAUCUGUCAUCAAGAUGAAUCGAGAUUACGUCGAGGUAUGCGUGCCGCACGGGCUUGUGACCGACAUCGACGUAGCUGCAGUGGCAAGCGUCAUCGAGAACGGUAUCAGUUUCGCUCUGGUGAGCGCGAAGCCUAGCGUGUGGCCGAGGCAUCGGUGGACGGGCUCAGAGAUCGCAAUUGAUUUUUGGGGGCGCCUCGAAGCAAUGCACGGGCUGGCGUCUGCGACGUAUCCUUUGUUUUCUCGAACCCUCGGCAAAGAAUUACCUCCCGCGGGCCCUAUUGGCGGGGCGGUGGGCGCCGAUGGUGCUGCUGGCGUGUUGGACGACGGCGGGGUCGAUGAUGUCGCGCACGUCCAUCGCGGGCCAGAUGCGGAGGUGCCCGCCGACGCUGCUCCAGCUGACCGACAUGAGGUCGUCGACAACACUGGCCGCGCUGACUCGGAGCCGAGCUUCGCAGGGAAGAACGCCAAGGACAGGAAGUUGACGCUCGAAUUGUUGUCCAGAGAUCCCUUGCCUGACCUGGUGUUGUUGAGGUGCGCGCUCAAUCCCAUCAUGCGCAUGCUCCACGACCAGCUGGACAUGGCUAGCCUGCGCUGGGAGCUCAGCCAGAGGGCGGCCGUGGCGAGGUCGCAUCAGAUGGGGCGCCUUCCAGGACUAGGCGCUAGGGACUGCAGGAUCGUCACCGCGUGCGAGCUCAUACUGGAGGAAAAUUUCUUCAAAGAGCUCCAGACGAUCUGGCUUGGGCCGCAUCGCUGGCGUUCGUUUCCAGAGAGGUGCUACACAGAGGAGUUCAACUGUCUGGCGUUCCGCCUGCUCGCGCGGGAAGGCGCGCUGGUGGAGCAGCUCCACGUGUCGAACCACUCCCUCUUCCACUUCAGAGUCUUCGGGCUGCUCGUGGACCUCUGGGGGGUGCUGCUCGCCCUCGCCAUGCUCAUUCAGGUGGGCACCACCUGCGUGGAGGCGAAGCGCGCUGCCGUCCGACGCCAGCUGGAGCAGAGGUCAACCCACACACGCACGCUCAACAUCGAGGACGCCUCCGCCGAGUGGCUGAUGCAGCAGGCUCGCACUCUUCAGAGGACGCGACCUUGGUCUGGCCAGCACCGCCAUGAGACCAGUGCGAGCGAGCAGGACAGGGAUGCGAGAAUCGG